GAACAAAAGUGAAGUGAAGAAGAAAGAAAAGGCACAAAUUGUGUGUUGCAACUGUGCAAAAAGUGUGCACACUCAAAUUACAAAUCUCUCCACUUCAGUCUUCACCAUCACCAUCAACUUGUAUUAGCAACUGAAGUGAGUGAGAAUAGAAUUCGACCGCCAUUAAAAUUUCUCAAACUUUGUAAUUAUAUCAACUUGUUUCUCUCUUUUUCACGCGGAUCCCAACGUCUUUCUCUCUCCUCUCAAUUACUCUCUUCUGGCCAUGGUUCCUCGUCGACGAAGAAUCUCCACUUCAAUUUUCGCAAUUGUUAUUUGCAUCACUUUGGUUGUGGUAAACAGUGUUCUCAUCGAAGCUCAGUUAUUUCAAAGAGAUCGCAGAGGAUAUCCUCUUCUUUAUGAUUGUCAGCAGUGUAACAGAAAAAAGGACCAGGCGACUCAAUUGUAUGCAUCCUCUGGUAAAUCUGGGAAUCUAGAUGUCAAGGAUAUUGAGAUAAUGGUGACAUAUAGUGAUGCUUCCGGGGCAGUGCGGGUUGGUUCAGUGAAAGCAAAAGAUCUAUCUUCUUCCUGGGUUUGGCAAACUCCUACCAAUCAAUACGAUGACCAUGUAAAGAAUUCUCAGACACCAAAGAAUUCAUCUCAGCCUGUCACAAGGCAUGAAGAGAGUAUUGAGCAACAUAUGAAGGCAAAUCAAACUGCAGAAAGCACUGUCAUGCACCUAAAAUCUUAUAGAGAAGAUCCAAUCAAGCACCGCCGUCAGAUAUUACGGCUUAAAAGAAGAGAGCUCCGUGCAGCAGAGUUGAUGAGGCAAGACAAAGAAAGGGAUGCAGAGAUGGAAAAAGCAGCCAUUGAACGUGCUGAAGGGCUAGAUACUACUGUCAUAGGAAAGUAUAGCAUAUGGAGACGAGACUAUGACAAUUCAAACUCUGAUUCUACUCUAAAGCUUAUGCGUGAUCAGAUUAUAAUGGCAAAAGCAUAUGCUACUAUUGCUAAAGCUAAGAAUGAUAGCAGUCUCUAUGAAACCCUCAUGAAAUGCACCAAAGAUAGCCGGAGUGUCAUAGGAGAAGCAAAUUCUGAUGCCGAACUUCAGCCAAGUGCCCUAGAUCAAGCAAAAAUAAUGGGGGGGAUACUCUCAUCAGCAAAAGAGAAAUUCCAUGAUUGUGCUGUUUUAGCCAGGAAGUUAAGAGCCAUGAUUCAGUCAAGUGAAGACAAUGUAAAUGCUCUUAAGAAGGAGAGUGCAUUCUUGAUUCAGCUAGCUGCAAAGACAAUCCCAAAACCCUUGCAUUGCUUUUCUCAAUUGCUUACAGCUAACUAUUUCCUUCCUGGACAUGCAAAUAAAGGUGUUUAUGUAAGAGAGAAGCUUGAAGACCCAUCUCUUUACCAUUAUGCCAUCUUUUCGGAUAAUGUACUUGCAACAGCAGUGGUAGUGAAUUCCACUAUAGUGCAUGCAAAUGAGCCGGAAAAGCAUGUUUUCCAUAUUGUGACGGACAAGCUGAAUGUUGCAGCCAUGAAAAUGUGGUUUCUCGACAAUCCUCCUGCUAGGGCUGCUUUAGAAGUCAUGAACAUUGAUGAUUUCAGGUGGCUAAAUUCUUCUUAUUGCCCUGUUCUUCGGCAACUUGAAUCCGCCAGAAUGAAGGAGUUUUACUUUAAGGUCAAUAAGGAUCCGUCAUCGAUCUCAACUGGUACAGACCAACUCAAGUACAGGAACCCAAAAUAUUUGUCAAUGUUGAACCAUCUUCGUUUCUAUCUUCCUGAAGUAUAUCCUAAGCUGAAUAAGAUCUUGUUUCUGGAUGAUGACAUUGUUGUUCAAAAGGACUUGACUCCACUUUGGUCUGUUAAUAUGGAAGGAAUGGUGAAUGGUGCUGUAGAGACAUGUAAGGAAAGCUUUCAUAGGUUUGACAAGUAUCUUAACUUCUCUAAUCCCUUGAUCUCUGAAAACUUUGAUCCUAAUGCUUGUGGCUGGGCAUAUGGGAUGAAUAUGUUUGACCUGUUGGAGUGGAGGAAGCGAAACAUCACAGGAAUAUAUCACCGUUGGCAAGAAUCGAACGAGGACAGAACUUUGUGGAAACUAGGCACUUUGCCACCCGGACUCAUAACUUUCUACAAUCUGACCCAUCCACUAGACCGAAGCUGGCAUGUACUGGGACUCGGCUAUGACCCUGCACUCAAUCAGACAGCCAUAGGAAAUGCCGCGGUUGUCCAUUACAAUGGAAACUAUAAACCAUGGUUGGAUCUCGCCAUCGCCAAAUACAAGUCAUAUUGGUCAAGAUAUGUGAUGUAUGAUAGCCCCUACCUUCAACACUGCAAAAUCACGGAUUAACCCAAUAAUAUUGCUGCAGAAUCUUUAGGAUAAUACCAAAUGACUUCCCUCUUCUUAUGCUCUCUCUCUCUCUCUCUCUCUCCCCUCUUUUUUUUUUUCUUAAAUAUUCUUUUGAUUACAUAGAUCCCAUUGUUGACCACCAUUUUGUAACAUUCUUCUGUAAAAGCAACUUACCUAUAGUUUUUUUAUUUCUUUUCUUUUUGUAUAGAUUCAUUUGCCACUAGCCAUAAUAAAAGCUAAUGCAAAAUUUUCAUUUCUA